AUAUUCAUUUAUAUAGCUGUCUCUUGCUGCAUCAAUUUUUCAAAAUAUCAUUCAUAUGUUGAAGAUCAUUUGGAUUGGCAAAACUCAUUGUUUCUGUUGAUUUCUUUAGAAAUUACUCAAGGCAUGGCUCCUUGUUUCUAUACCCUUCCAUUGUUCUUCUUGUCCUUAAUUUUAUUAACUUUCCAUGCUUAUUCAAUUCACUUCCAAAUUCCCAGUUUUAAUCCAAAUGAUGCCAACAUAAUCUACCAAGGUUCUGCAGCACCAGUUGAUGGAGAAGUUGAUUUUAACAUCAAUGGAAAUUAUUCAUGUCAAGUUGGAUGGGCUUUGUAUUCCAAAAAGGUGUUACUUUGGGACUCAAAAACAGGUCAACUCACUGACUUCACAACUCACUACACUUUUAUCAUCAACACUCGAGGUAGAUCACCUUCAUUCUAUGGCCAUGGCCUUGCCUUUUUCUUAGCUGCUUAUGGAUUUGAAAUCCCACCAAACUCCUCUGGUGGCUUGAUGGGACUAUUCAACACCACAACAAUGCUUUCAUCUAGUAACCAUAUUGUUCAUGUGGAGUUUGAUUCUUUCGCAAAUAGUGAAUUUAGCGAGACAACAGAGCAUGUGGGAAUCAACAAUAAUUCAAUCAAAUCAUCAAUAUCAACACCUUGGAAUGCAAGUUUACAUAGUGGAGACACUGCUGAGGUAUGGAUUAGGUACAAUUCUACAACCAAGAAUUUGACUGUAUCUUGGGAAUAUCAAACGACCUCUAGUCCUCAAGAAAAAACUAAUCUUUCAUAUCAAAUUGAUUUCAAGAAAGUUUUACCUGAAUGGGUUACAAUUGGAUUUUCUGCUGCAACUGGUUACAAUGGAGAAGUAAAUAAUCUUUUGUCAUGGGAAUUUAAUUCCAAUUUGGAGAAAAGUGAUGAUAGUAAUAGUAAAGAUACAAGAUUAGUUGUGAUACUAACAGUCUCUUUAGGGGCUGUAAUUAUAGGAGUGGGAGCAUUGGUAGCAUAUGUAAUACUAAAGAGGAAAAGAAAGAGAAGUGAAAAGCAAAAGGAAGAGGCUAUGCAUUUGACUUCAAUGAAUGAUGACCUUGAAAGAGGAGCAGGGCCAAGGAGGUUUACCUACAAAGAACUUGAGUUGGCAACCAAUAACUUUUCUAAGGAUAGAAAGUUGGGUCAAGGUGGUUUUGGAGCAGUUUUUAAAGGUUACUUUGCUGAUUUAGAUUUACAAGUUGCUGUGAAGAAAAUAUCCAGAGGGUCAAGACAAGGAAAGAAAGAGUAUGUAACUGAAGUUAAAGUUAUUAGUCAACUGAGACAUAGGAAUCUUGUGAAGCUCUUAGGCUGGUGCCAUGACAAAGGUGAGUUUCUACUUAUUUAUGAGUUCAUGCCAAAUGGUAGUCUUGAUUCUCAUUUAUUUGGUAAAAGAACACCUCUUUCUUGGGGUGUAAGGCACAAAAUAACUCUUGGAUUGGCCUCUGGUUUGCUGUAUCUACAUGAAGAAUGGGAGAGGUGUGUGGUACAUAGGGAUAUUAAAUCAAGUAAUGUUAUGCUAGAUUCAAGUUUUAAUGUUAAGCUUGGUGAUUUUGGGUUGGCUAAAUUAAUGGACCAUGAACUUGGGCCUCAAACGACGGGGCUGGCCGGAACAUUCGGCUAUCUAGCUCCAGAAUAUGUGAGUACAGGAAGGGCGAGUAAAGAGUCAGAUGUUUAUAGUUUUGGGAUAGUUGUCUUAGAGAUAACCUCCGGAAAAAAAGCUACUGAAGUUAUGAAGGAGAAAGAUGAAGAGAAGGGAAUGAUUGAGUGGGUUUGGGAUCAUUAUGGAAAAGGAGAGCUACUUGUGGCAAUGGAUGAGAAUUUGAGGAAAGAUUUUGAUGAGAAACAAGUAGAGUGCUUGAUGAUUGUUGGAUUAUGGUGUGCUCAUCCUGAUGUUAGUCUAAGACCAUCAAUUAGACAAGCCAUUCAAGUGCUUAAUUUUGAGGUUUCCAUGCCAAAUCUUCCGCCAAAGAGGCCAGUUGCAACCUAUCAUGCUCCCACACCAUCUGUAAGCUCCGUAGAAGCUUCCAUAACCAAUAGCCUUCAAGACGGUCGUUAAUUGAUGUUUUAUCAAUGGAAUCAUGAUAAUGUUAAUUAUUUUCUUUGCAUAGGUUUAUUAAAAUAAUAUUGUCUAUACUAGUACGAUGAUAUUUUAUUUAUUGAUUUAAAUUUGAAUGUAUAUUUGCAAGGUUUGAAUACAAUAUGAUUUGAAGAAUAAAUAACUUUAUCACAA